AUGCAUGGCUCAGACCCCAACGCCCCCAAGCGUGGUCUCUCUGCCUACAUGUUCUUCGCCAACGACAACCGUGAGAAGGUUCGCGAGGAGAACCCCGGCAUCUCUUUCGGCCAGGUUGGCAAGAUGCUCGGAGAGCGGUGGAAGGCUCUGAGCGACACCGAUCGUCGCCCUUACGAGGAGAAGGCUGCCGCUGAUAAGAAGCGUUACGAAGACGAGAAGGCCAGCUACAAUGUAAGUCAACACCCCUGCCUAUUCUGUGUCAGCCCAUGCUAA